UGUUGAUGUCAGUUUUGAAGAUGUGUUAAGAAGCAGAAUAUGUAAAGCCGGUGCACAAAAAGCAUCUCCUCGAUGAGCUACAUCGUCAAUGUCGGAAUCAGUUCGCUCUGUGGUCCAGACGCAAAUUUUUACUCCAGAAAACAGCAAAUGGACGUGAAAGUUUAUUACCUGGUGAAGACUAUCCGCUACCUAGCAGACGUUUUGUUGCUGGCUGCUCUGUCGGUAGCACUGUACAACCAGUGGGAACUGACUAAUGACGUCACAAUCUCAAUCUUAGCCAUGAUGAGCUGCUUUGUGUUCCCAGUGUCCAUAGCAUUCAGUUACUAUUUCCAGAUGCAGCCAGUCAGCCAAGUAAUCUACUCUUUGUGGGUUGGAGCUCUGAUUGGUGUCAAUGUUUUCCUCUCUCGUGAGACGGAGAAGAUCUACCCACCCACCCAGCAGCACCAGAAACAGACAACAGAACCCCUUUUUAGCUGGGAGUUUGGCAAACAGCUGGUAGACGGGAUCCUUGUUGUUCAUAUAAUAGUCUUCAUCAUAUACAGUUUCACAGAACGGGUGACUGGCUUGACUCAGUUUGACACCAAAUGGAUCCACGAGACACAGCUCUUCGUACUCAUAGGCUUCGGAGUAGCAGGAACCAUCUCAGAUCUGUACCUCGACGUUUGUUUGUACCUCAUAGCAUUGGCAGUAACUAUAAUAGCCAUUAGGAUGAAAUCCUAUUGGGCACUUGCUAACCUGGCCUCGCUUCUCGCAAUUUCGAAUUGCUGCUUCUUCCCCGCGCUAAAUAUAUCGCCAAAUAGUUUGCUUAUAAUAGCAUUCAUAACGGGGCUAGUUACGGGUCCAAUCCUUGACUUGUACUUCAACCCCAGCUCGGUUUUCGACCGCUAUAUGCCUUUGUUCAAAGUGAAAUACUUGCUAAAGUUGCUGCUAGUUGUCCUAAUAAUGUGCCUGCAGUUGAUAUUUUUCACGAUUUGUGCGAAAACUGUGAUGUCUGGUGAGCGAAUCUACGUCACCAUCCCGGGAUUCAUAGUGUUCGGAUUCCUGUGGGUUUGCUUUCACUUAGUUUACUUCCUUACUAUGUGGAACCUUAUGAAUCGAGUGACGGAUUGCAUGCCACAUAUUUCGAAACUAGACGAAAACACAAACGCGAGGUUGAGUAAAGUUAUGGCUUCGAAAGGCAUGCGCUACUAUUGCAUAAUCUCACAGCGGUUAGUAACCAUGGCGGUAUUGACUUCAGUGCUUUUAGGAGGUGUUGCAUGGCAAGCGAACACGACUUACAUGUCUCUUUUCUUGGUCAUUCUCCCUAUUGAAUGUCUGAGUUUGUCUCUUUUGAAUGAACUUAGCUGCACUGUUGGGGGAACUUGCGUUGGUUAUGCUUUGAUAGCCCCAAACAAUAUUUACAGAAACGAUGGAAAUGUGACUCCGCUGCCGCAGAAUCACGUGCAGGACUUGAAUGUUAGAACGACAGAGCUUCUAGUAGCAAUUCAAAACUUUUUCCGAGAUCACUUGAUUGACAUGUAUGGAUGCGAUUAUAGCGUGAAUGGAUUAGAGCCAAAAAUUAUGGAAAAUAAAGUGAAGGCUCUUUUCGGAAGUAGUACAACUGAUGGAAUAAAGUAUGACUCUUAUAUUUUAUACUAUAGUGGACAUACAUACCAAAACGGAGACUGGGCCAUGAAUGAUGGAACGGCCGUUACGCUAUCGAACAUUCUUGAUUGGUGGCGCGAAAAAAUGGACGAUAAGUCCUCACGUUUGAUCAUUAUGGUAGACUCCAUAAAUGGGCAUCAGUGGAAAAAGAGUGUGAAAAAUUGUAAAAAUGUUUGCGUUGGGCUGCAAUCGAUUCAGAUUCCGAGAAAUAAGAAAAGGGAUGUGGACAUCGGGCUUAAAACAGGAGAGUUUACCCGAGAUUGGAUUGCGUUUAACUCUACAAACCAGACGAAAGAUAUCAACGGCCUGAGUAUUCCAGAGUUUGCCUAUUAUACCGUAUCGUCAUUAUGGAGUGACUAUACUUUCAAAAUGCCGAGCGAUGCAGAUAUCAUGAGUCAUUCUCAGCUCCAUUUUCCGAGGUUCACGUGGCCGUUUAUCAAAAUUGUGAGCUGUCCCUACUGGUCGAUAAACUUGCUGUUUUGCGAGCCGCUGAUUUCAGUGCUGCGUAGACUCAAAAUGCAGUGGCUGCCGCCUAAAAUUUUAGAUACGGGUCACGGGUUUUAUUUAGUGAGCUCUUGAAUAAUUAAGUUUUAGAGGCUGUUCUCAUGACAGAAAGUCCAAAUUGCAGGUUCAGUGCAAAUUAAAGUUAGUGUUUUUCACUCUUAAUUACAGAUUUUUUUCUGACUGAAUUCUGUUUCAAUUGUUUAUUUGCUGCUAGUCGGUCAUUAUGUCAUGAGCGAUUCCUCGUAAAUUUAAAUCAUCGCUGUUAUUAUUAGUAUGAAUCAAAAAUUGUUUCUCCUAUUUUCAUUUUACGGCCGUUAAAAGGUCGCUGUUGUGUAUUUAUGAUAAAAAAAUAAUUGAUAAAUUUUCCUAUAUGAAGAUUCUGCU